AUGCCUCCCCUGCCCCACCAGCAUGUUCCCCGCAUCAUCACGUACUACCAGACGCACCAUGACGGUGAGGGAAAGCACAUCAGCGUGCUGCCGCUGCUGCAACAGGCGGGCGUGAAGCUGACGCACCUGAUGCUGGCCGCCAUCCACCUCAACGAAGACCCGGCCGCCCUGACGCUCAACGACCACCACCCGUCGCACCCGCGCUUCACGACGCUGUGGGCCGAGCUGAGAGUCCUGCAGGCCGCCGGCAUCAAGGUGCUGGGCAUGCUGGGCGGCGCCGCCAAGGGCUCGUACGAGCGGCUCGACGGCGAUGCCGCCACCUUUGAGCGCUACUACAGCCCUCUAGCUGACGUCGUGCGCGAGCGGGCACUCGACGGCCUCGACCUAGACGUGGAGGAGCCCAUGUCGCUGGCGGGCAUCAUCCGCCUGAUUGACCGGCUGCGCGCCGACUUCGGCCCCGGCUUCGUCAUCACGCUGGCUCCCGUCGCAGCGGCCUUGCUCAAUGCCCAGCACAACCUCAGCGGCUUCGACUACGAGGCGCUCGAAGUGAUGCGGGGCCAUGAGAUCGCCUUCUAUAAUGCCCAGUUCUACUGCGGGUGGGGCGACUGCAGCAACCCGGCCAUGUAUGAGACGCUGCUUCUCCGGGGCUGGCGACCCGACAAGAUCGUGGUGGGCCUCGUGACCAACCCGGAAAACGGCUCCGGCUACGUCCCCUGGAGCGCCCUCUCGACCGUCAUACCUUUGCUUGCGGGACGACAUCCCCGCUUCGGCGGCGUCAUGGGCUGGGAAUACUUCAACAGCCUGCCCGGCGGGCGGGCGAAGCCCUGGGAAUGGGCCCAGGCCAUGACGGCGCUGUUGAGAGGCCAGCGUGUUACGUCGGAGAGCGCGGGUGGUAAUGGGCCCGCUGCUGGUGCCUAUGACGAUACGAAACGUCACACGGCAAGUGACAAGGCUACUCUACAGCGCGAGGCGGAUGCCGACGAUAGGGGCAACGCUGACGGCAUUCCCGCUACGACUGUGCCUCGCGAGUUUGAGUAUUAUUCUGAUGGGGUAGGGGAGGAUUAA